GUGCCCGCUGCAGCUUCCCUAGGCUGUUUCAGAGCUGUUUCCUAGUGUUUCCUAGGCUGUUUCCUAGGCUGUUUGUGUCCUCCGCGGGUGCGAGCAGUCUGGAGGAGUCUGGAGUCAAAUUCCUGACCACGUCGGAGCUCCUCACGCACGACGCAUGACGCAGGGGGCGCAACUAACUAACUAACUGACUAACGGAUCCCUGAUCGAUGUGCCAGCACCCGGGCUCGUCUCGGCUCCCAGUCCGGCGAGAACUCCCCACCAUUGGCUGUUGUUUUUCCUCCUUUUUUCUUUUUCUUUCUGCUGUGGAGAAUAAUGACACGAGGACCAUCUUUUCCUCUCCAGACCGCCUGUUGACGCGCAGCGCAGCCCACUUGUUUCGCCGCAGAGGAAGAAGAGGACAAAUCUGAUCUGAUGAGCAACCCAAAGACUUUUGGGAGGAAAUAAUAGUUUUGAACAAAAGAUUUGGAGCCAAAGCAGCUUUCAUACAUUUAGAAGUGGAGAGGAAAAAAAAAUCAACAACCCCAAAAACAGCAUGGGUUUACUUUCCAUAACGGAAAUGAGCUCAGUGAGUCUGCCUGGCUCCGGGUUUCCUUAAACAUGGUCGAUGAAAGUCUGUGAUACCGGGAUCUGAUCUCUCUCUGACUACAAACUGCUGCUCUUCAAUGACAAGAUGUUUGCUGGACUGAUGGGACUGAAAUGUCCCAAUAACUCACUGUUUCACCACUGCGAAGUCACUGAAGGUGGCAGAGCAUCAGGGACAGCUGGCAGCUCUGGCCGUAAGAGGCUCCACCGAAGGCCGGGCUACGUGAGGGGAGACCAGGCCAGGCUGCAGGGCACAGCGUGCGGUCGGGAGGAGGAAGAGGGGGAGGCGGAGGAGGCGGAAGAAGAGGAGGACGAGGAGGAGGAGGAGGAGAGCAACGCUUGCAUCAGGAACGGAAAAUCUGCGUGUCACGCUGACGUCAUCGAGGCAAGCGGCGUUGCAAGGCGGAAUCUGCCUCCUACCGCCAAAGAGCCCUCGAUGAAUCAGCACAGUUACGAUGACCUGACAUGUCGCUCCUUGAGGAGUAGGAACCGCCUCUGCUCCGGUCCCCUACCUUGUUCCCCCGUGCACAGCAGCCCCGCCUGCAGCACAUCCAGCCAGAACGGACUCAGGUGGAGUUGGAGCCCGGCCCCCCGGUCCUCGCCCGAGGACUCCUUCAACUCCAGCUUCAGCUUCAUCCAGCAGUCUCUCAACAACAGCCAGAGGACAGUCUCAACCACUACACCAGCACAGGAACCAGAACCACUAAUCUGGUCCCAGAAAGCACCUGACUCACCACUGACAAAACCAGACACCACUUUUUCCUCCAAGCAUCCGGCCCCCGUCCAGCCUCCGCCCUCCUCUGCUGCUGCGGGAAACCAGGUACAGAGGGAGGAGCUGUCGUUAGGAGGGACGUUUUGGCGAGAGCGACGGUGGGGCGGCAAGGAGGAACCGUCCUGCCUGCCCGACGCCGAGUCCCGAUCGCUUGACAUAGAGGUGACCUCCUCCCUGUCCGUGGACUCGGACACGGCCUCCGCCUCCUCUUUCACCUCCGGCUACGAGAGCGCCACACCGGCCCCGGAGCAGGGCUGGGACAACCCGCUCAAGAAGUACGAGGCCGUCCUGCAAGACUGCCUCCAAAACAACCGCGCUCACACCAAGAUCGAGUCCAUGAUGUUGAAGCUGCAGAGACUCCAGCAGAAAGCCAUCCUGGAUGACGACUACGAUGCAGCUGAGCGGUUUGGGAAAAAGCUGGAGGAGCUUUGCAGAGAACGUGGAGCUCUGAAAUUGGGUUUGCCCUCCAGACAGCCCAGCGUGGCUAUGUUCCUGCAGAGGCUCACGCAGGUGGUGCACAGCGCCCUCCGGAGGGCAGACUGCAGCCAGUGCAGCAGGGCUGAAGAUGAAGCUGAAACCAGGGAGGGCUCGGACUCACCGCAGGGUCCCCUGCAACGAAGAGACCGGCUGAUUCAAGAGAGGCGACAGGUCGAGGAGGAAAUGGCAGCGCUGCAGCUGAAGCUGGCGGAGCUGAGGGAUCGCAGUCGAUGCCUGGAGCAACAGAUCCAGCAGGAGGAGCAGCAGGUGGAGGACGAGGAGAUGGAGGGCUCCGCCCUGAGGAACUGCACGGUGGCCCAGCUCCGAGACAUGAGCCGGACCCUGCAGGACCUCGUCACGUCCAAAAACCGCACACAGAUCUCAGUCGCCCCUCCAGCCUCCAUGCUCAGACUUCAAGAGCAGGAACAGGCCCUGAAUCUGUCCAUCAAGGAAGCUACUGCCAAAGUGGUCAUGAGCCAGAGGCUGGGCAGCAGCCUGAGGAGGAAAGUCAGCGAGACUGAAACACAGCUUUUGGCGCUGCAUGAAGCCAAACUGGCAGCAAUCUCUGGUAACGACUUCGGCAGCGCCAAGGAGCUGAAAGCCGAGAUGAAGGCGGUGUACCUGGAACGGGACCGGCUGGAGGCUUUGGCCAAGAGACUGCACAACCUGAGCUCGGGGAGCAGCCAGGAGCUGGCCAGGAUGAAGGAGCAGCGGCAGCAGCUCAGGCAGGAGCUGGAGCGGCGGGAGGCCCAGCACGAGAGCCGGCUGAAAGAGAACACUAGCAAAUAUAUGGAGCUGUUGGAGGACAGAUUGCACAGUAGCGGCUGUCCAGGCUUGGAGCGGAUCUGGGAGGCCGACCUGGAAGCGUGUCACCUGUUCUUGCGAGGUCUCCAGUUGCGGACUCCCAGCUGCAGCGGCGCCGACAUCGACAUCGACCUUCCCGCAGCAACAUCCUUUCCUCCCACCCCACCGUGCACUAAAGAGGAGGAAGACUGCGCCAUGCUGACUGCUUUAGGAGGGCGCUGGUGUCCCGAGGCCAACUUGCAGAACUCAGAGUUCACUAAGAAGCUGGAAGAGUUUUUGUUCUGCAUGGAGGAAAAUCAUCCAGAGGAUGCGUGCAGUGAGGCGGAGGCUGCAGACCUGACGGAGCGCUGUGAGCUGAUCAGCGACAGACUAAUGGCCUUAGAAGACGAACUGCAGACAGCUAUACUAAACCGGGAUCAGUCCCUUGCCCAGUGUUUAGAAAAUGAAGUACAGACAGUGAAGGCCGCUUUACAAGCCAUGCUCACACAGCUGGAGGUGGAAGAAGAGGAAGAAGAGGAAACAGAGGAAGUGAAUGAGUUCGAUGACCUGUUGAAAAAUGGGACUGAAGAGGAAGAUGAAGAGGAAGAAGAAGAAGGACAAGAAGAAGAGGAAGAGGAAGAGGAUCAGUACUUCAGUGACAGCUGGGACAUUUGAGAUGAAUGGUUGUGAUGUUUUAUUUAGUGCACACACGGCUGUCUGGGCGCGUGACCUCAAAGUUGCAGCCGAAGUGACCUCAUAUCCAUUUACUGUGUAGCCUCACUCAAAGCGUUUCACAACCAGCCUCUGUGGCGUUAAACUCUGAAAUCGUUCCACCGCAGUGUCUUAGAAAAUGCUCUGUAUGUGACGUUUCAUUCAUCUACAAAUGGAAAAAUAUGAAGGGGUUUUAUAUGGAUGCAAUAUUUGGGGCACUUUCUUGAAAACUUUUAAAUCUCACUAUUUGGUGUGGGCAUAGCUGUUAAUGUCAAAACAUUCUGAUCAACUUGGGCUUUUAUUUUCUAAGAUUUUACUGUAUAAGUUUGUUGCUGUUUGCAAAACAGCUUAUUUGCAGAAACUUUCAGAUUUAAAGCAAGAUUGAAACUUCUGCUCCACCGCAGGAGCCAUCAUGUCAUCAUCAUGUGGACAAUCUGAACAUUUUUUUAAUGUAUUCAUAACAGUUUUGCACAUGAACUAAUAUGUAUACUUAAUUUUAUAGGUCAAGGAGACACUUUUGCAUGCUUUUUGUACGACUGGACUUUAUUCACAUGGAAUUUUGUCCAAGGAAUAACUCAUGUGUGGGGGGGGGGAUACAAAAUGUGACCUAACUUGAACACUUUUUUUUUUAAUUGUGUGGAAAAUGCAAUAUUUAGAUACUGUGUCUGUUUUUUAAAAAUCAGUAUGUACUAAUAGA